AGGCGCGCGCUCCGCCUCUCGCGCGGCCCAUUGGCCGGAGGCUCCUUCACGCAGGGAGCACGAGGAGAAGGAGGAGAUUUUUGGGUUGCCCAGGAGGGGCCGACCCUUUUGGGCCGGUGGUGGCCACGGGCGGGGAAGGAGGUGGCGCAGCGCAGGUGGGAGAAUCGGUUGCCAUUUGCCCGAGCCGACGGCCUCUCCUCGCCUUCAGCGUUCUCCUCAGAAGCGUGGCGGCGGGAACUGUGCAUCGCCGUGCCCCGAGGGACAGCUCGAGUCUCUGGCCUCCUGUCUUGCACGCGGGUCUCGGGCAGGUAAAUCAGAUAAUUGAUUGAUAAACUUUGUAAAGUUGUUCAAGGAAGAUAUGGAAGUAGAAUAGAAAGCAGCGAGGAUUGGCAGUAAGCAUAGGCGACCGUCACAGAGUUAACAAAUUCAUCCCACAAGAGUAUGAUGAACACCUUACCUGUGUGCGAGUGACCCAAACAGAGUCUGCGCAGUUACAGUGCAGCCAGCGAUGUCUUGCGGCUUUCGUGCGUUCAGAGUUGGCAUCGCGUUUGUCCUGAUGGGCAUUUUUUAUAAGUCAGCGGCAAAUUCCCUGCCAGAACUGAGUCCGCAUGAGUAUUUCAGUACAUUGCAGCCAGGAAAAGCUUCUUUGGCUUAUUUUUGUCAAGCUGAUUCUCCAAGGACUUCUAUAUUUCUUGAAGAGCUAAAUGAAGCUGUUAGACCACUCCAGGACUAUGGCAUUUCAGUUACAAAGGUUAAUUGUAUCAAAGAAGAAACAUCAAGAUACUGUGGAAGAGAAAAAGGUUUGAUGAAAGUAUAUCUAUUCAGGGGAAAUAUCCUGCUCAGAGAAUUCCCUGCUGACACCUUGUUUGAUGAGAAUGCCAUCGUUGCUCAUGUUCUCUUUGCUCUUCUUUUUAAUGAAGUUAAAUAUAUUACUACCCCAGAAGACCUUCAGAAUACAGAAAAUGCCUUAAAAGGAAAAGCAAAUAUCGUCUUCGCAUACGUCAGAGCCAUUGGAACACCAGAGCACAGGGCAGUGAUGGAAGCUGCUUUUGUGGAUGGUACCACAUGUCAGUUUGCCUUAACCACAGAAACGGCCCUUUUGGAAAGCGUUGGCUCUGAGGAGAUAGAAUAUGCUCAUCUCUAUUUCUUUCAUUGUAAACUGGUAUUGGACUUGACUCAGGAAUGUAGAAGAAUAUUAAUGAAGCAGCCAUUGACUAUACUGAACAUUCACUUAUUUAUUAAAGCAAUGAAUGCACCUUUGUUGACAGAAGUGGCUGAAGAUCCUCAACGUGUUUCAACAGUUCAUUUGCAACUAGGAUUGCCACUGGUUUUUAUUGUUAGCCGGCAAGCAACAUAUGAGGUUGAUAAAAGAACUGCAGAAUGGAUUGCUUGGCGUCUUCUGGGAAAAGCAGGAGUUCUCCUCUUGUUAAGGGACUCUCUGGAAGUGAACAUUCCUCAACAUGCUAAUGUGGUCUUCAGAAGAACUGAAAAGGACUCACUUGUGGAAUUUCUGGUGUUACAUGAUGUCGAUUCAGUAAUAUCACAUGUGGAAAAUACUGUUCACAUUGAAGAAGUACAGGAAGACGAAGAACAUGAUGUGGAAGGACCAGACUUAGAGAUUCAAGAUGAUGAAGUAGCAGAAACUGUUUACAGAGAUAGGAAGAGACAGUUACCUUUGGAGCUGACAGUAGAACUAACAGAAGAGACUUUUGAUGGGACAGUAAUGGCUUCCGACACCCUGGUGCUUUUCUAUGCUGGCUGGCAGGCAGUAUCCAUGGCAUUCCUGCAAUCCUAUAUUGAUGUGGCAGCUAAACUGAAAGGCACUUCCUCUAUGCUUCUUACCAGAAUAAACUGUGCAGAUUGGACUAAUGCAUGCACUAAGCAAAAUGUCACUGAAUUUCCUGUUGUAAAAAUGUACAAGAAAGGCGAGACCCCUGUAACUUAUGCUGGUAUGUUAGGAACUGAAGAUCUCCUAAAAUUUAUUCAGCUCAACAGGAUUUCCUAUCCAGUGAAUAUAACUUCAGUCCAGGAAGCAGAAGAUUACUUAAAUGGGGAAUUACAUAAAGAUCUGCUGUCCUAUUCUAGUGUGUCAGUACUGGGACUGUUUAGUCCAACCAUGAAAACUGCAAAAGAAGACUUUACUGUAGCAGGAAGCUACCUAAGAGGAUAUGUUAUCACUGGAAUUUAUUCUGGAGUAGAUGUGUCAAUACUAUCAAAUAAAUAUGCUACAAGUCUUCCAGCCCUCCUGCUUGCCAGACACAAAGAAGGCACAAUAGAGAGCAUGUCAUUAGUUAACGCCCAUGCACAGGACAUAGUCCAAAUAAUAACAGAUGCAUCGCUGGAAACGUUUCCAGAAAUCACGGUGGAAAAUCUUCCCUCUUAUUUAAGACUUCAAAAACCAUUGCUUAUUCUGUUCAGUGAUGGCAACAUAAAUCCCCAGCAUGAAAAAACAGUGCUGGUGCUGGCAAAGCAGAAACACUUGGAUUCAUUUACUCCUUGCUGGUUAAAUCUAAAAAAUACUCCUGUUGGGAGAGCAAUCUUGCGCAUUUAUUUUGCCCCCGUGCCUCCUCUUCCUGUUCUUGUUGUGUUGAAUCUGCAAUCAGGAGGUCAAGUAUUUGCAUUUCCUUCAGACCAAGUCAUCACUGAACAAAGCCUCCUGUCAUGGCUUAAGAAAUUAGAAGCUGGAUUUGAAAAUCCUAUCACAACCUUGCCAGCUCAGGAAUGGAAGCCUCCGCUCCCAGCUUAUGAUUUUCUAAGUAUGAUGGAUGCUGCAACAUUUCAACAUCCCACUGGGAAAGCUCCCGCGUGUACGAAAGAACCUGAUGUGCAGGAGGGCGAUAAGGAACAUGAUGAAUCGACCACCCAAAGAGAAACAACCGAACCAAUGAGAACAAAGCAUUGGAAUAGAAAUAAUUGGUUUAAACAAGCAGAGAAAUCAUUGAGGAGAGAGAAAGAGUUAUGAUACACACAAGUAAGCUAGUCUCACAGAGAGUGCUUCCCCAAGUCUUCUGUCAUAUUUGAUAGGCUGAAGAACUUGUUCCAUUAACUAAUAAUACUAAAUCAUUUCUAGUGUCUCAACCAACACUCUGUUAACACAACCGUUUCUCAGCUAGAGUGCAGUUUUGCUCUGCAGGGAGGGAUGUUUGGCAAUGUCAAGAGAGAUUUUUGAUGUUGUAACUUACAGUUAUUGUUGGCAUCUAGGGAGCGGAGGCAGGGGUGUUGCUAAGUGCUUGCCCACAAGUACCCAACCCAAAAUGCCAGCAGUGGCAAGGCUGAGUAAUCAACUCAUGGCAGAUGGGGCUUGCUGUAUUUCCUGGUUGUGCUUAGUUACCACGUUGGAAAAAAAAAAAAUCUUACUGAAGAUAGACAUUGAUUGGCCUUACACUGAUUAUUAUCUGGGCACAACUCAUACUUUUGUUAUAAAUUUGUUUUUUUAUGGGAUUUUUCAGAAAGUGAUGAGGUAAAACCAGAAAAUGACAUGUAUCAGUACUGUACAGUAAUGCAUGUAUUUAUUUACUUACUUAUGUAAGUUAAAUUACUGGAUUUCUAACUGAACAGGAAUUAAAACUUUCUGCCAUCUCCCGUUCACAUAAAGGCUCCCUCAUCUGAGCCAUAUCUGCAUUCUUCCUACGUAAGCUUUGGAUGAGUCAGUUGAUCUCUGCAAUCAAUAGGAAAUGCUACCUAACAGCAAGCAUGUGGAAAUAUGUAACUGGUUAAUCAUUAUGCCAGCACUGUUGAC